GCUGAGGAUACUCAAUUGGAGAUGGAGAAAUUGUUAGCUUAUGUAAAAUUACAAGAAGAUGAGGUUAAUACACAGAAGAAUUUAGUUCUUGAGGAACAACAGAUGUUUCAGAAACUUGAAGAGGAAUUUAAAGAAGAAACAAAAAAACUAAAAGAAAAGGAGGCUCUGAAGAAAUUUCCAGAGCUGGAAAAAAGAUCUGAAUAUUUCAUAAAAAUCUCUCUUCAGAUCAAGAAUCAGUUUGAUAGCAAGAAAGCUGUAAUAGCCCAGUGGCUUCCUGACAUUUCUCCCCAGGAAGCCAAUAACAUCAAAAGGCUUCAAACAGAAGAUGAGCGUAUAAGUAACAGCCUCUACAACUCGUUGAACAAACUUCAGUACUUGUUUAGCUGCUUGUGCGACAAAAGAAAGGAAUACUACACAAACGUCAGCAAGUACACAAGGGAGCUGCUUGAUGAGCGAAAAAAUCAACAUGCACAGCGAAUGCAAAUUCAGGAACUCGGAAAGCCUCACUUGAAACAGCAGGGACCUGGAUCGCAGCAGCCUGGUCUCUCUGAACUGAUGCAGAGCUUGGAUGGUCUCACUGAGCAAAUGUCAAAAGAAGUUUCUGAAAUGGAAGAAGAACUCGGUAGCACAGAGGUUACGUUACAAGAGUUGGAACAUAAGAACACUGAGGUGGAACAGUAUUUGGAACGGUGCUCAUAUGUUGAUUUCCAAGGCUUUGAGGCAACAACAAAGCAAAAUAUUGAAAAGUUUCAGUCCAUUAAUCAAUUUCUACGGCCCAAAGCUCAGCCCUAUUUUCAAGCUAGAUCUGCGCUGGAAGCCAUAAAUGCCAACUACUGCAGAGAGAUUGAUGCUACUCUGAAAGCAUGUAGAGAAGAAACAAAGGAACUGAUUCUACAGUUAGAUAUGUUAGAAAAAGAUCAAAAAUCCUGUGGUGUUGCUAAUACGUCACGAGAAGAAGAAAACCAUAAGCUAAGAUAUAAACUGGAAGCAACCGAACAAGAUACAAAGAAUCUGCAGUUGAAAAUCCAAGAACUAGAAAGCAUAAUAAAUGAAGGAAGUAAGAAUCUCCAGGAAAAAGAGAAAACAAUAGCCAUACUAGAAAUGAAACUUAAUGUGAAAGCUUCCAGGAGUGAAGUCAUCAAGCUUCAAGCUGCAUUAGAGGAAAAAGAAAAUUGCUUAAGAAAUGCAUUAAGUGAGAGAGAAGCACUCAGGGUAUUGUAUGUAUAA